GACGACUGGCGGUCUAUCGGUUUGAGUCGGACCACUCAAACAGCCCUAGUCGGUACGACAGUCAUUGCUUAUUUAUUUAAGAGAGAUUAUGGCCUGUUUGACGACAGUCAUAGUUUGGAAUUUUUGAAGCAGAAGUGGCCUACUGGGACGACAGCCAUGAAGCAAUUUUCUCGUAUUUGA